AUGAAGUUCACUUGGGCGACAACACUCCUUCUACUCUCCACCAGGGUCGCCUCCCUGACCAUCCCUCAAACUGAGCCUACCGAUCUCAUUGAUCGAGAUGUGGACUCCCUGGACCCCCUGGAUUCUACCCAGGACACCCCAGAUAUCAUAACUCUCGAGAAACGGCGUGGUGGCGGUGGUGGAGGCCGAGCCGGUGGCAGCAGCGGAGGAAGCAGCAGUGGGGGAAGCAGUGGAGGAAGCAGUGGAGGAAGCAGUGGAGGAAGCAGUGGAGGAAGCAGUGGAGGAAGCAGUGGAGGAAGCAGUGGAGGAAGCAGUGGAGGAAGCAGUGGAGGCCGCACCGGUUCCUCCGGUUCUUCCGGUUCAAGUGGCAGCAGUGGCAGCAGUCGCAGUGGUUCAACAAGCAAUGUUGGUGGUACAACCAGCGGCGGCUCUGGCACUCGAGCAACCUACGGUGGAGGCAGCUACUAUGCAGGUGGUUCACGCACUCCCUACAAGUCUGGCUCCCGGUCUGCUGGAGGCAUCGCCCCCUACGUGCUCGGUGGAGCUGCACUGGGCUUCUUCCCGGGUCUUUGGCUGUACAGCGCCUACGCCUACCCCUACAAUAACCACUACAACUACUACAAUGACAAUUCUCACAAGAACGAGUCGCUCCCCAUUGUCUGUGUGUGCCAGGAGUACUCGGAGUGUGGCUGCGACAGCAACACUAACCGCACCUACUACGAGUCCCUCUUCAACGGCACCGUGCCUAAGAACUCCAGUCUUGUGCGCGUGGUCGAUGUGAAUGGCACUCAGACCAUCUACAUUAAUGGCACCUUGGCCAACGGUACCACUGCCGCUGACGGAAGCUCGUCGAGUACUUCCUCGGCAUCCGGGCCUGUCGCGAUGGUCCUGCAUGCUAGCGGGUACUGGGUGACUGUUGCUGUGGUAGUGGCCGCCGUCUGGGGAUUCUAA